UGAGCUGCCAACAUUGGAGGAGAGACCACGGUGCUGCUCCGCUCUCAAUCUCUCUCUCACUCUCUGGCUCCCCGGCCACACUCACUCACACGACCCUCAGAUGGCGUGAUUUAAACGAAUGUUAUAUCUCGACAUGGUAACAACGCCACGAAAUGAACGAUAGUGAUGUGUAACAAUUGUAAAGAAAAUGAUGGCAAACUUAGAGUGGAUCAAAAUGGAAAAACUUUUAAGUGUAGAAGAUGUAAUAAAGGACCUGGUGGACAAUAAUACCAUUAACAAUAACAAAAGUAGUAAUAGUAGUAAUAAUAAUAGUAAUAAUAACAACAACAACAAUGACCCGCUGUAGUGUUGAAGGAACCGCAGACACGAGCAGUAAGUGUCACACAGCGGGAUCGUCGGAAGGGAAGUACAAGCUGCGGCCUCGGUCACUGCAGGCGAGGCGUCCCUCUGACAGUGAAUGGAGUCUCCAGGACACGCUGAGACACAAGCCACAGCCGCCACCGCUCUCCAGGUACCGCAGAAAGACUGCCAAUGCCCGAGAGAGGUACCGCAUGCGGCAGAUCAAUACAGCCUUCGAGACCUUACGUGAUGCGUUGCCUUCCUGGGUGUGUAGUCGACGAGCAGCCUCCGACAUGACCAAGAUCACCACACUAAAACUAGCCUCCGCCUACAUCAGGUCCCUUCAAGACAUCCUGGACGGUAACGCCCACCAGGACACCUGUUCCUGGGUCCUCUCCAGCAUCCUAGGUGAGGCCCCUAGCCCACAGGAACCCCAACCUGAGCAGUACCCCAUAAGCCCAAACAAGACCCAACAACCUCCUGUCUACGUAACUCAAGAUUCCGACUUCGUGUCUCUGCUGUGUAACUCCUCCGACUCAGGAGUGUUCCAGAACAACCUGGAGACGUUCUCGUUCCUGUCACCGAUGUCUGAGACAGAGGCCGUGGCCCUCCUGUUGGGGACUGACCCUCCCCGCACCUGGAGUGACAGUCAACACACGCAACUAGUGACGUAAUGGAGUGCCCGUACUCACCCUUUGAGAUGUGAGUUGCAUAUUAAACGAAGGGCGCCAUCUGUAACUUUAAGACGUUAUAAGUUAUGUCAACAUUAUUUUUCUCUUCAUAAAAAUUAUACGUCAGUAAUUGAUAGGCUGUCUUAUUAAUUACGUUAGUUUAAUAAUUUAUUACUUAACCUUACAUACACCAACGUGUUUAUGCUGCCUUUGACAAUAACGAACAAGUAUUGCUCUCACAACGACGUUAGUGAAAGAAAAUUACAAUUACAUUCAAAUAACAUCAAUUUAGUGGAACUUUCACAUCACUAAACACUCAAUAUAUCUCAUGCCAAUAUGUCUACUAUAACUAGAACACUGUAGUUGUGGUUUAGUGAAGGUCAAAGUUGUGUAGAUGAGAGUGUGAUCUCUUUAUCGUGUUAACAACCUCAACUGGCGCUGAAAGUUAAAGAUCCAAGUUCAUCAAGUUUACGACUGUUGAUAAGAUACAGUUUUUCCUUCAGUUACCAGACAACGAAGUCUUUAGUGGCCUCAUAGUGCCUCUUAUCAGCCCGUCACUCUGGCUCGUAACAUUCAACGUUGCUUAAAAUAUCUGGAAUAAUCUGCGUCUAACAGUAUCAACUAGAACCGCUGCAUCUAAGUUAUCUGUGUGGUCGUAAUGGCGACUUAUUACAGUAUUUGUGAACCACAGUGGGUCAACAAUUGUAGGUCAUAUAUGUCCUUAUCAUCUGGUUUAUAAGGUUAAUAUGGUCGAGAUAUUAUCAGUGAAUAGUAACGACAUAUUAUGGUGAUGUUUAUUACGCACCAGAGGACACUAUCCUGAUCAGUAUAUCAUGGGUUGUGGCCAAGAUGAAACAAUCGUCUCAGAAGACACUACUUGUUAACACCUUUCAUGUGUUCUACCGAGGCUCAAGUUUCUCUUACUUACAUUUAAAGUUUUAUAAAUAACACAACGCAAAAAGAUUUUAUCGUCCCGGAAAAUAUAUAUAUUAUGUCUUGUGUUGAACACGUAGCAGGCUAAAGUUGGCGGUCAUGUUCCUCUCUUACCCCGGGUUAAGUAAAGCUGUCAGCUUGAAACAGUCUUUCUCUCUGCAGCUGGAAUUUAUCUCAACAUUUUCUCUGCACACUAGUAACAUGUAGAACAUUUUUAUUCUCUUUCUUACAUAAAACAAAUUACUAUAAUUAAGAUAGUUCGCUGAUGGUAUGUGAUGAGUCCUGUGUUAGCUACAUAAGAACUAUGUAUCAGCCCCAGCGAAGCUUGUGCUGGCUGAAGCAGAUGAGACCUCAACUCAAGAAGUUAAUGAUACAAAGGUCACAUUCAGUGACAAACGUUUGACCUACUUUAUAUUAUUCCAUAGUCCAUUGUAACCCUUUAUAUUCAUGACACUGAGAACAAAACAAAACAUAAUGAAGCACAACAUCGUAUGAACAAACACACUCCAGAUAAAGUAACAUCAUUGUUUCUUUAUUACAGCUAAUAUUAGUAACAUAUACAGUAAUGUUUGGAGUCGUCAGUACUUUGGCACCUCUCACUCUGCCGCAGCCCUCCACCAUACUCAUACACCUCAAGCUGUCGCAGAGUACAUAACAUUAAAGUUUCACAUGAUAUUAACGUCACACAACAUGUCUCAAUAUCUGAAGCUGUACAGUAAACACUCAACACUUAACGGUGUUGAAGAAGACACGGAAAAUAUCGUACACCAACACCUGUUACUGUAACUAGGUGUGUUAGGAGCUCGGUGUGUAGCACCAGGGCCAUUUUGUGUAUGAUAGGAACUUAAUAUGAGUGAUGGGACCUUAAUUAGCAGUGUGUCAGUGACGUGAGUUACCUGACAACUUACAGGUGUGUUUGGUGAUAAUGACUAACUGUAUACACUGUGUUAACCACAUUUAGUUUAUAAUGUGGUACAGGUCCACACAGCCUCCAGGAUACAGUGACUGUCGUGUUGUGUCUUGUGGACCCUUGUGGUGGCCACUAUGGCACCAUUGUAACUUAGUGUUGUGUAUUAUAGUAAUUCUAGUCAAUAGAUUUAUGCCAUAGUUAGAACACUGUAUAAUAUAUAUGAUGGGUUUAGUA